UUAUCCGUGAACAAGCCUUGGGCGUUCUCGGGCAUCUGUACAUAUAGUUAGACACAAUUUGUUUUCUCUAAAAAUUAAUACGAAUAGGGUUUCAAAAUGGGAAUUCUAGUUAAGAAUAAAUUUUUUCUUAAAAAAGGUAUGUUCAUAUUCGCAGGCGUGUUCAGUGCCAUUGGUAUAGUAUUCAACAGUGUGGCGAUGGGAACUGAUUACUGGAUCGUCUCUAAAGGCAGCCUCUCAUCUUCUGAAACCAACAUAACAAUUAAUUAUGGACUUUUUAAUGGUCGAAAAACAACGGAAGGACAACUGGAUCUUGCCCCAGUUCCCUAUAGUUUGACAGUUUUCUGCCCUGGUGGCGAAGGUGUUUGUCUAGUAAGCUGUGGAACGACAGAUGUGGAACAAAAACAGGAAUUUGAUUAUCUGAGGUUCGGCAAAACGGAAUACACAUGCAAGAGAGCUACGACAGCGUUGAAAACAAGCAGAUCCCGUCUUGUGCAACUGACAAGCGAUAUUUCUGUUAAAGAAGCAGCUCGCUCGGAACCUGUAAGAGGAAACGAUCAAUUCAUGGACUACGGACUGUGGGUCACCACCCUGAUAUUCUUAUCACUCAUGCUUGCCUUCCAAGUAAUUUCAGCCGGCUUAUGCUUCUUUAACGCAGUAACCGUCCCCAUCGAGAUGUUGAUAGGGCCAAUGGGCAUUUAUUUGGCCAACGGCGUUGUAGGUUUGACUGGGUUGAUCACGUUGUCGCUAUGGGGAGACCUAUUUUCCUCGAAACUUUCGUCGGAAUUGGCUAUCCAGGAGACAAUAUUAGAUGUCUAUCGCAUGAGCUCAUCUAAUCUUGGUUAUUCCUAUUGGUUUGUACUUUGCUCUCUGAUAUUUGCUAUCGCUUCUUCCGUCUGCAUUCGGUUCCGCAACUCGCUGAGGAAGUUCAGCAACCAGAACGUCGUCGGUGUUGAAAGCUCAACUCCCGGCGGCAUGUUGUAUUAAAUAGUUGUGCAAUUCUUAUUGCACCGCUUUGAACUUUCUCAUCACCGUCUGAGUGAAAGUUGGUUGUUUGCGUUAAGAGGUCAGUAAAUAUGCCUUUUCUUCAAGGUCUUUGGUUCUUGGAAUAAAAUGACUUUGUUAAAAAUGAUAAUAAUAAACAACGACAUGCAUUUCUAAAAUAAGAAGGAAAA